AUGUAUGGCCCCCCCGCCCUCGUCGAGCUGUUCUACCUGGCGGUCCCUCGCUCGUUCCUGUUCGACCCAGUGAAUGGAUUCUACGCGUAUCCGUGCGUAGAACGCCCUUCCGUAGCAUUCAGCUGGGGACGAAAGAACUGGGCCGUUAGCGCGGAGAACUUCUCCUUGGGUGGGAUUAGAUAA